GGCUUGUUGCUGCUGCGAGUGUCGAAGGCAUUUCCCGGGUAUAAAAACGCAGACACAGACGCCGUGCGAGUCAGUCGAACGCCAGCUAGCCCCGAGUGCGUAACACAGCAGAGUCAGCAGCAGGAAGUAGUGAAUAGUGAAAGCAACGACAAGAGUGAAUUUUUACGUAAUCCAUUGCGAUAUGGCCAUACCGUUUUACGAGGACGAGCCGGAAACGGCGACGGCAGCCAACCUAGACGCCAGCCAAAUUACCGACGCUGAUCAGGUGGACGGCCCGCCGCUCAGCUAUAGCAGCAAUGAUGCGAACGGCUACGAUCAGGUGGACUACGAAGCGCCAUCUGCAUCCGCAUCCGCAUCAGCAUCGGCAGCAACAAGUAACACACAAGCCACAUCCACCGACAACAAUGAGAUGCCGCCCAGCACAGAGGAGCAGUUGCUUGUUUGGAAAAUGUUAGCAUUAGCCAUGUGCAAGGUGCUGAAACAAUUCUAUCUGCAGCAGAAGAAGCAACAGCAGCCGGGCAAAACCACAAAGCUGACGGCCACCGUGCAAAUACAGCCGCAAGCGCAGUAAAGCUUAACUAAAGAGAACAAGAACGAGAACGAGAACGACGACGAAUUCAAGGCCCCACUCAAAACGAGGCCUCCGAUGGCUCCUAAGCGCAACUUGUGAUUACUUUUCGUUGGUGAGAACUAGCGCUCCCUAAGCUAAACAGGGAGAGACAGAGAGAGAGAAAGAGAGAGAGAGAAUGGAUGGGAGAGAAAAUUUAUGUGAACGAUUCGCAAAAAUCACAAAAAUUCAAGGAAAACAAAAACAGAAAAAAAGUAGAAAUUUCAUAGUUUUGUAUAUCGUUUUAAUUUUCUGGAACAAGUCAAUCUGAGUUUUGCCGUCGCUCGAGAAAGUAAACAAUUUGUGUUUUUGAAGGCUGAUUUAAAAUGUUUGGAUAAGCGCAAAUGUGAUAAAUAAUUUUGCUAAAAAUUGUAUUUUAAGUGCUCACUGUUUUGGUAAAGUUAUUUAAGCAUCGAAAUUAAUUCAGAUACUAUGUGAAAUGAAAUGAAACGAAUAUUUUUCUAGUUUAAUUUUAUUGAAUUAAGUUACAGCAGAAUGGUCGGCCCAGYGCAAGCAGCAGCAGCAGCUAGUUUUCAGACACAGAUACGAACCUAAGCUUAAGUCCAAUUUUUCUACUAAUAGAUGUGUAACAGUUUAUAUAUAGAUAAUAGUUCAUAAGUUUAUAUAUAUAAAUUACAAACUUUUACAAAAAAAAA